GCACGAGGACAUGUGCGCUUCGCCGCGUCUGCAGCGCCGAAGGAAACUUAGGAGAAGAAUGCGAGAGCGGCUGGAGAGCGAAGCCGAUGACCUGGUCUAUCUGGACACCCUGCCUGAGCACAAUAGACUUGUUGAAGUCACAUCAAACAUCUGGGGCACAAAGUUCAAGCUUCACGGAGUUGCGUCGUCACUCCCUCCCAACCUGGGACAAGUGACGUAUAAAACAUCGCUGCUCCAUCUGCAGCCUCGUCAGAUGACCCUCAUGAUAACAGAACUCCGGGAUGAUAUUCCUCCCAGGCCCGACCCUUCCUUCAAUCCAAAUGUCUUCUCGGAAGAUGAAGAAGAUAUUG